CCUCCCCUCGCGAGAGCGGGCGAGGUUUCCGGUGUUGUGGCUGCGGGGCCGCAAACAUGGCGGCGACGCUCCGCGCCCGCUCGCUGAGGCACCUCCGCAUCCGAGGUCGCAACGACAGCGGCGAGGAGAACGUGUCCCUCGAUCUCAGCCGAGACCCUUGUGAUAAUAUGAGAGAGAUUCUCCAAAAUGUGGCCAAAUUACAAGGCGUGUCAAAUAUGAGAAAACUAGGUCACUUGAAUAAUUUUACUAAGCUUCUUUGUAAUACUGGCCAUGCUGAAGAAAAGUUAGGUUUUACCUAUGACAGCAUCAUAAUAUGUCUGAGGUUAGCUUUACUAAAUGAAGCAAAAGAGGUGCGAGCAGCAGGAUUGCGAGCCCUCCGCUAUCUUAUUCGAGACUCCAGUAUUCUCCAGAAGGUGCUAAAGUUGAAAGUGGAUUAUUUGAUAGCCAGGUGCAUUGACAUACAGCAGAGUAAUGAAGUAGAAAGAACACAAGCACUUCGAUUAGUCAGAAAGAUGAUCACUGUGAAUGCUUCAUUGUUCCCCAGUUCUAUUACUAAUUCUUUGAUAGCAGUUGGAAAUGAUGGUCUUCAAGAAAGAGACAGAAUGGUUCGAGCAUGUAUAGCCAUUAUCUGUGAACUAGCACUUCAGAAUCCUGAGGUGGUGGCUCUUCGGGGUGGUUUAAGUACCAUCUUGAAAAAUGUGAUUGACUGUCAGCUAAGCCGAAUAAAUGAGGCUCUGAUAACUACAGUUUUGCACCUCAUUAAUCAUCCAAAGACCCGACAGUAUGUGCGAGCAGAUGUAGAAUUAGAGCGAAUUUUAGCCCCUUACACAGAUUUUCACUACAGGCAUAAUCCAGACACAGCAGAAGGACAGCUCAAAGAGGACAGAGAAGCACGAUUCCUAGCUAGUAAAAUGGGAAUAGUGGCAGCAUUUCGAUCAUGGGCAGGUAUUAUCAGCCUUUGCAAACCUGGAAAUUCUGGGAUUCAGUCUCUUAUUGGGGUACUCUGUAUACCAAACAUGGAAAUCCGGCGAGGUCUGCUUGAAGUUCUCUACGAUAUAUUUCGCCUUCCUCUCCCUGUUAUUGCAGAAGAAUUUAUUGAGGCACUUCUCAGUGUAGAUCCAGGAAGAUUUCAAGACUGCUGGAGACUUUCUGAUGGCUUUGUAGCUGCUGAGGCUAAAACUGUUCUACCCCAUCGAGCCAGAUCAAGGCCUGAUCUCAUGGACAAUUACUUGGCUUUAGUGCUUUCUGCUUUUAUUACCAAUGGACUUCUAGAGGGUCUGGUUGAAGUGAUCACAAGCAGUGAUGACCAUGUAUCUGUCAGAGCAACUAUACUUUUGGGAGAGCUUUUGCACAUGGCAAAUACAAUUCUUCCUCAUUCUCACAGCCAUCACUUGCACUGCUUACCAACACUGAUGAAUAUGGCUGCAUCCUUUGACAUCAUGAAAGAGAAAAGACUGCGAGCAAGUGCAGCACUCAACUGCUUAAAACGUUUUCACGAGAUGAAGAAAAGAGGCCCUAAACCUUACAGCCUCCAUUUAGAUCAUAUUAUUCAGAAAGCAAUCUCAACACACCAAAAAAGGGAUCAGUACCGUGUGCAGAAAGACAUCUUUAUUUUAAAGGACACAGAAGAAGCACUCAUCAUGAAUCUUCGAGACAGCCAAGUUCUCAAUCACAAAGAGAACCUGGAUUGGAACUGGAAUCUAAUAGGGACCAUACUGAAGUGGCCAAAUAUAAAUCUAAGGAACUACAAAGAUGAACAGUUGCACAGGUUUGUAAGAAGAUUGCUCUAUUUUUACAAGCCUAGCAGUAAACUCUAUGCUAACCUGGAUCUGGACUAUGCCAAGGCAAAGCAGCUCACUGUUGUUGGUUGUCAAUUUACGGAAUUUCUUCUUGAGUCAGAGGAGGAUGGACAAGGUUACCUGGAGGAAUUGGUUAAAGAUAUUGUACUUUGGCUCAACUCUUCAUCAGGCAUGAAACCUGAACGUAGUCUUCAGAAUAAUGGGUUACUAAAUACCCUUAGCCAGCACUACUUCCUGUUUUUUGGUACUUUAUCUUGUCACCCUCAUGGAGUGAAAAUGCUUGAAAAAUGUAAUGUGUUUCAGUGUCUUCUUAAUCUUUGUUCUCUGAAGAACCAAGAUCACUUGUUAAAAUUGACUGUUUCUAGUCUGGAUUAUAGCAGAGAUGGAUUGGCAAGAGUCAUCCUUUCUAAAAUCCUGACAGCAGCUACUGAUAGCUGCAGGUUGUAUGCAACAAAACACUUACGGGUGUUGCUGAGAGCUAAUGUAGAGUUCUUCAGCAACUGGGGGAUUGAGUUACUGGUGACCCAGUUACAUGAUAAAAAUAAAACUAUUUCUUCUGAGGCACUUGAUAUUCUAGAUGAGGCGUGUGAAGACAAGGCCAAUCUUCAUGCCCUUAUCCAAAUGAAACCCGCUCUUUCUCAUCUUGGAGACAAGGGUUUGCUUCUACUCCUAAGAUUUCUGUCCAUCCCAAAGGGGUUUUCGUAUCUAAAUGAAAGAGGUUAUGUAACAAAACAGAUGGAAAAGUGGCAAAAGGAAUAUAACUUAAAAUAUGUUGAAUUGAUUGAAGAACAACUUAAUGAAGCACUUACAACAUACCGCAAACCUGUUGAUGGGGAUAACUAUGUUCGUCGGAGCAACCAAAGAUUACAGCGACCACAUGUCUACCUGCCAGUUCACCUUUAUGGCCAACUGGUGCACCAUAAAACAGGCUGCCAUUUAUUGGAGUCUCAGAGUAUUGUUACAGAUCUAAGUUACACUGUUCGUUCUCCAAUGCUGGAUAAGUGGGAAGGAAUUAAGCAGCUGAAAGCAGCCCUUUGGGCCUUGGGCAAUAUUGGAUCAUCGAAUUGGGGUCUUAACUUGCUGCAAGAGGAGAAUGUAAUUCCUGAUAUAAUGGCACUUGCUCAACAUUGCGAAGUUCUGUCUGUUAGAGGAACCUGUGUCUACGUGCUUGGUCUAAUAGCCAAAACUAAACAAGGAUGUGACAUUUUGAAGCAUCACAAUUGGGAUGCAGUGAGACACAGUCGUAGACAGCCUUGGCCCGUGGUCCCUGAUGACAUGGAGCAGCUCUGCAAUGAACUUUCUUCUAUACCCAGCACUCUUAGCUUGAACUCUGAGUCUACCAGUUCUAGGCACAACAGUGAAAGUGAAUCUGCUCCAUCAAGUAUGUUCAUCAUGGAGGAUGACCGUUUUGGUAGUACUUCCACCAGUACUUUCUUCCUAGAUAUUACUGAAGAUGCAGAACAAAUAUUUUAUGACAGACCUGGACCUUCAAAGGACAAAGACCGUAGUCCCUUUCCUUUUUUUUCUUCUAGUAGACUGGUGAAAAAUCGCAUUCUAAACUCUCUUACUCUGCCUAAUAAAAAACACAGAAGUAGCAGUGAUCCAAAAGGAGGAAAGCUGACAUCAUCUGACAGUAAAUCAGGCCUGAGGCGAAAUCGUACAGUUACAGAACCUAGUGGUAGCAUAGACUUUCCUGCUGGGGAAGAAUUGAACCCUGUUUUCAGAGUUCCAAAAAUUCAGACUUUACGAUUAGAAACUUCUUUUGUUGGAAGUAAGCAUGUGGAAGAUACUGAUUGUGCUCAGAGUAUUGGAGAAAAUGAUCUGAAGCUGCCAAAAGGUCUCGGAAAUGAAAUUCAUCGGGAAAACACAAGCAAAGAAAGGCUAAUAGGAGAUGGUACUACACAAACGCAUUUCAAGAGUCGUAGCUUAAGUUUUAAUACAGAUACCACAACAAGUGGCAUAAGUUCCAUGAGCUCAAGUCCUUCAAGGGAGACUGUAGGUGUGGACACUGCAAAUGUAGAUACUGACUGCGGAAGUUUGAGUACUGUUGUAAGCACAAAAACAGUUAAACCAAGUCACUGCUCAACACCACAGUCUAACCACCUGCCUCUCUCAAAAUCCAACUCUGUGUCCCUGGUUCCACCAGGGUCUUCUCAUACCCUUCCAAGAAGAGCCCAGUCUCUUAAAGCUCCUUCUCUUGCUACGAUAAAAAGUCUUGCUGACUAUAACUUCAGCUACACAAGUUCUCGAGAUGCGUUUGGCUAUGCCACACUAAAGCGCCUGCAGCAGCAGAGGAUGCAUCCCUCACUGUCUCACUCAGAAGCCCUGGCAUCUCCAGCAAAGGAUGUACUGUUUACUGACACUAUCACCAUGAAGUCUGGCAGCCUGGAUUCUCGGCUAACCCCAAGCCGGUUCAUGAAAGCUUUAAGUUAUGCUUCGUUAGAUAAAGAAGAUUUAUUAAGUCCUAUUAACCAAAACACACUUCAGCGUUCCUCCUCUGUUCGCUCCAUGGUUUCUAAUGCUACCUAUGGUAGCUCUGAUGAUUACAUUGGCCUUGCUCUUCCAGUGGAUAUCAACGAAAUAUUUCAGGUAAAAGAAACUCCCUAUUUCCAGAAGAAAACUACACCUCCAUUUGACGAGCAUGGAUCUAGAGUCUUUACUUCUGAUGCAGGAGGUCUUCCAUCAGGUGCCAGUGAUGUUGUCAAAAGCCCUUUCCAGAUGCUGCGCCAGCAGAUCAGUCUCACAGAAAUAAUGAAUACCAGCCGUUCAGAUGCCUGUCAGUUCUUAGAAGGUACAGAGGACACAGGGCUCCAGGAGCACACGGAUGAGAACUGUCUCUACUGUGUCUGCGUUCAGAUUCUGGGUUAUCAGCCUAACACCAAAGUGAGCUCUUCCUAUAAUCGUACAGAUUUUUCAGACAUUCCAUAUACUGACUGGUGUGGGCAGACCAUUCACAAUCACUUAGAUGUGCAUUCCUCCAAAUUUUCUGGAAUUUCAGGCUGUAGUGAUGCAGUAUCCCAUGGUUCAGCCAGCAGUACCAAGAGUACAGAGCUUGUAUUAGGAGUAAAGUCAAUCCCAGAUGACACACCAGUGUGCCGGAUACUUCUGCGGAAAGAGGUCUUACGUUUAGUUAUCAAUUUGAGCAGUUCAGUAGGAACUAAGGGCCAUGAAACUGGACUGCUGACAAUUAAGGAGAAGUACCCCCAAGCAUUUGAUGACAUAUGCCUUUACUCUGAGGUGUCCUACUUGCUAGCACAUUGUACAUUUCGACUUCCAUCCCGAAGGUUCAUUCAGGAGCUGUUUCAAGAUGUUCAGUUCUUGCAGAUGCAUGAGGAAGCAGAAGCGAUUUUGGCAACCCCGACGAAACAGCCUGUAAUCGAUGCAUCAGCUGAGUCCUGACCUCUGCUCAGGCCGUGCUCUGCAUAUGGACUUUGAAAUGCUCAGACAACCUCCCACUGACUGGAUAAAAAGUUUGGAACAUCAUCUUCGAAACCUUCCAGAAGCUACUGGUACCUGAAGACUGAACUGAAAACAUUUUCUUCCUCAACCAAUUACUGGCACAGUCAUUUGAGCCCUUUGGGGAUUUAUUAGACAUUACCAUAGUUUUAAUAAUAGUAAUUACCAGUAUAUGCAAGAGCCAAGCACUGAACACCUCCACAAGUUUUCAUUUCAUUUUUUACCAUAAAUUACAAUGAAAUAGGACAACUUGCAGAGACAUUUUUAAUUGACUUCCGAUUCUGUUCCAGAGAAGCAGAAUGAUGCCUUGCUUUUUAAACCUGGAUACCAGGAAUCAGAGAGAUGGGGGUGCAUUCCACUGCCAGCAAUGGGGAGCCUUGCUGUAGUUGUGGGCACCAGGGGAUUAAUGUUAGCCCUUCUCUGUUGAUUUUUGUACUGUUUAUAACACUACUUUGGGGAUUUGUAACUUCAGACAGAAAGAAAUGAAUCUGAGGUUUCAUUAAGUUAUUUUAAUAUUGCUAUAGUUGUAAGACAUUUUAUUAGCAGUCUCUUCUAUUUCAUUGCAUACAUGUAUCUUAUCUGAACCAGUUAAGGAUUUUCACUACAAUUUGAUUUUCAAAACAAGUCAUUUAAAACUUAAAAUGCUGUAAUAGAUUGUUUUCCCUGAAUACUAUGCAUGUGUUUGCAGUUUCUACACUCAUGGUCAUAUAGUACAGAUGUGGGUCUUACUCAACUGCAAUUCUUUAAAAAGCAUGAUUUGUAUCAGAUAAGCAAAUAUUGUAUAAACUGAACUUGAAGACAUUUAAUCAUUGCAGGUUUUGUGAGGAGAAUUAUGUAUGAGUGUUUUCCAAGUUCCACAGAAAAAGCUUUUUAUAAAAACAAAGGUUUAUUUGAAUUUUCAAUGGAUUAGUGAUCAAGCAUCAGAUAGUACUAAUAAUUGUAGUGAAAAGCCUUAAAGUAACAAAUUUUGGAGCAGCCGUACUUAUAAUUUUGUACUGGUAUUUAAGACUUGUUGCAAAAGUUAAAUGAUACAGUGACUGGUAAUGAUUGAAGUAGUUGCCUCUAUCCUGUUACUAGUGCCGUUUCUAAACUAGUAAGUGCAAGCUAAAAAAAAAAAUAGGAAUCCCUGUCACUUUUAUCAUGGAUCUAAAGAUUCAGAAGCCUUUAUAUAAAGGUAGUAUAAAUAUAUGCAAAUGUGUAUAUACAGUAGCAUGGCCACCUUUGUUAGAAUGCCUGUAAUAGAAGGGAUUACCCUUUGAUUUUGAUAUAGGUGAAUAAUUCAGCUGGACUGUACUAAGUAGAACGUAUUUUUAUCCAUUCACUCCUACCAUUUUUUAUAAUUGUCAGAUUAAUACUUAAGUGAAAUUUAUCCUGAUGCUCAUAUCUCUGUUCUUACUAGCUAUGCUACUGGAGAUUUCAAUAAGUAGUCCUGUGAACAGUAACACACAAUUCCUAGUGAAACGUAGAAUUUAUUUGUUCUCAUUGGAAAUUUCAUCAUGCCACAUAAGCACUGCUUUGCAGCUAUCACUUCCCUGAAUUCUAGUGUGCACUGCAUACCAUCAGGUUCUGGUAAAGCAGACUGUAAGUUGCUGCUCAUAGUCAAAUUUAGUUCCUUAGAUUAUCUUUUCAUGAGUUCCCACUGAAAGGAGCAAAAAGAAACUGAUUGAGCUCUUCUAUGGUCAUUGACUUAAAUAAUACAUCUGUGUGGCAAGACAUGUUUGAAGUUUUUAGUAAACACACCACACCAGUAACUAUUAGACUUCUGGUCGUGAGAAAUAAAUGCUUCUGUAAAACCAAAAUGUCAAUCACAGUAGACCAAAUAGUGGUAUAAACUCCAAAGGAAAAUAAUGUAGUUUUCCCACAAAUGGGGAUAGCAUAUGUUAUACAGUAGUUUCAAACACUACCUCAGUUAGGCUAGAGUAGAAGAGAUUUGUUUUAAUAACUAAAUGGAGUUACAUCAAACAACUCCAUGUUAUUUUUCUGCAGUUAAGGCAAAAUAAACAAGUUUUAUCACCUGUAUUUAAAAAACCCACCUCUGUUCAUUGUUAAGUUUAACCCAUAGCACUUAAUGUAGAAAGCAUCAUAGGAAGGCCUCCGAUUAUAGGAAAGUAAGCAAAUAUACUUUUGAAAGAAUCUCCAUCCUGAAAUGCUCAUGUGUUCUGAAUAACACGCUUGUGUGGGGAUCCAUGACAACAGAAACUUGACAUAAAAAAUUAUGGCUGCAAAUUCAGUUAUAAAGCGUGAUUUUUCUUCUGAAAGUGUAUGAGUGUCAGUAGAUUUCAACAAGUAUGCAUCAAGGAUGUUAAGUCUGUAUUGUACAUAACAUACAUUUCUAGAAAAUUAAUUUACACACUGACAUUAAGCUCACAUUGAUGUUUCACUUUAAUUGGCAUAUGAAGGGGAUACUGUUAUUGAAGGAAAUUUAUAUUGGCUUAGAUAUAAACUGUGAAUUUCUAAUUUUAUAGUUCUCUUUUUUUUAAAUGUCCCUUUCAAAGUCCUUAUUUUGGGGUUUUAUUUGUAUCAUGAUAAAACUUCGAAAGAAAGCUGUAGUAAAUAAUGAUUGUGCUUACAUUAGCCCUAAUAAAAAAUCUCUUCCACUUCUCCUAGGGAA